CAGCCAUGGCGGUGGAGAAGGAGAAGAAGACCUGCGGGCAGGUCAUGACGGAAUGGAAAGAAUUCGUCUGGAACCCGCGGACGCGGCAGUUCAUGGGGCGCACCGGCAGCAGCUGGGCUCUGAUCCUGCUCUUCUAUCUGGUAUUCUACGGUUUCCUCACGGCUCUCUUCACGCUCACCAUGUGGGUGCUGCUGCAGACGGUGGAUCCGAAUAUCCCCAAAUACCAGGACCGCCUCUCUAUCCCAGGCAUGAUGAUCCGCCCUAAGACGAAUGCUCUGGAGAUCUCCUACAACUUGACCAGCACAGAAGUCUGGGAGGAUUACGUGAGGAUGCUGAACAAUUUUUUGGCGGACUACAACGAUUCCCGGCAAGCAGCCAACAACGAGCUCUGCGUCCCGGGACGUUACUUCGUGCAGCCGGACAACGGGGUUCUGAACCACCCCAAGCGGGCCUGCCAAUUCAACCGCACCAUGUUGGGGAGCUGCUCGGGCCUCGUGGACACCACCUAUGGCUACCGGGAAGGCCGCCCGUGCAUCCUGGUCAAGAUGAACCGGGUCAUCAACUUCUUUGCGGGUGCCAACAAGACCAUGAAUAUUUCCUGUGCAUCAAAGAAAGAAGAAGAUGCCCAGAAACUGGGGGAUAUUGAGAUGUUUCCAGCCAAUGGAAACAUUGAUUUAAUGUACUUCCCUUACUAUGGAAAAAGAGUUCAUGUAAACUACACGCAGCCAGUUGUGGCGGUGAAGUUCCUCAACCUCACUGCCAAUUUCGACCACCACGUGGAGUGCAAAAUCAACGCUGCCAACAUCGCCCCGAAUGACGAACGGGACAAGUUUGCUGGCCGCGUCUCGUUCAAGAUCCGGGUCGACCGGGAGUGAGCUUCUCUUG